AUGGCAGACUGGGUUGCAUUACUUGGUGAGACUACAUUCCCAAGUGCAGUCACAAGUUCCGACCCGUGUAUUAUUGCUGCUUUCAGAGCAGUAGAUAAAAUCAUUCUUGGAAAAGAAGCCACGUAUCUACUACGACGACUCGCGUACGUGCAAUUAAGGAGAGUCUUCACAACCCUUGAGGCUAUCCUGAGAUCUGAGAGGAAGCGAAAUCAGGUUCACUGUCAGCCACGCCGGGGUGGCAAAUCUGUCGCUAUUGAUAUCUACAUGAUGUCUCAGGUAGACGGCAGAAACUCGAGCGUUUCUAGGAACCAGAUUUUGGAACGCCGACGAGUCAGCAGGGCCUGGGAGUACUUAGCAGGCCCAUCUCCUCUUCUUACCUUGAUGUAUUCAGAGGCUGCCGACCCGAUCGUACGAGAUUUCUGGAGAAAAGAUAGUGCGAGCUUGAAAUCUGUGGUAACCAGUAUUCUAAAGGAUGUAACUUGGGCUGUUCGCAUCUGUGCUCGCCUGACACACAGCACGGUAUGGACUGUCAACUGUGACCGCUCGUCUGGUAUACGAGAAGCAACGAUUGCAGAAAUCGAACAGGUGCUAUCUCAACAAGACACAGAGGUCCAUGAAAAGUUGAAGGAGGAGGAUACAGGAGAUGGCAUUGAAAGUCCAUUGAGAAGCUCGACAUCACCAAACACAGUGACGAUGUCUUCAAUUUCUGUGCUAAGUCACUGCACAAAUCCUGUAGUCGAGCCAGGUUCAGAGAGAGACGGCGAUUAUGUUCCCUUUGGAUCAUCUCGAAGGCCUUCACAACAUCCGACCCCUCCAUUCGAGCACUAUGCGACUAAGUUUCACUUUUCCUUCGCAUCCUACGCAACGGCCAUGGUCAAUGACAGCUCGAGAUAUCAGGAUUUUAGGCAAUCUGGAAAGUAUCACUGUGAAUUACAGAGGUCGAGACAGAGCACAGAGAAGCAGAAAAACAUCAUCAACUUCAUCCACAAGCACCUUCCUGCAUUCAGCUUGAGGCAAACCGCUGAAACGACAAGCACAAACUCACCAGCUUCAAUAAUAUACCAGGCAAGGGUCUGGAAAAUAGCUCGAGAACAAGCUACCGGCCCCCUCACGGAAUUGGCGUACGAGAAUCUGAUCUGGGAGUUGGUGUACUGGGUCAUGUCGGAGCAAACCUUUGUGCCUAUCUUUGGAGAUCUGGUUCGUUAUGUUUACGGUAGUUGCAUUACGGAAGAAGAAGAAGGAGAAAGAAGAGGAGGGCUUUGUCAUGUUCUAGCGCAAUUUGCUGCCUGCGUGGUUGAGGACGUAUGUCUUUUAGAUGGUUGGCAUGAGUUGGUUACUGAGGUGCCGUCCUUUGCGAGGGACAUGAUCUGUGCGUUAGCGUCCAUGCGGCGAUGA